UUCCUCCAACACCCACAUCUCUCUGUUGAAUCAAUUUUGUCUCUAUCCGCUGCACUCUCUUCAGAGAGAGGGAGAGACAGAGGGAUCGCUCAGGCUGGAGGAGACCGUGUACCAGCUGGGGACAUUCAUUCUCUUUGACGGGGUUUCCUCACAUUGAGAGUGGACAAAUGUUAUGUCGUCGCUGAGUUCUCCGUGCGCGGCGUGCAAGUGCCAACGCCGGAAAUGCACCCCAGAAUGCGUGUUCGCGCCAUACUUCCCCGCGGACCAGCCCCAAAAGUUUGCCUACGUCCACGAGGUUUUCGGCGCGAGCAAUGUAGCCAAGCUCUUGAGCGAGCUCCACGUGUCGCAGCGAGAAGAUGCGGCAAACUCCCUUGCCUAUGAGGCCGAGGUCCGCCUCCGUGACCCCAUCUAUGGGUGUGUCGGACUGAUCUCUAUCCUCCAACACAAGCUCAACUUGCUGCAGAAGGAGCUCGGCAAUGCCAACAAAGAGCUCGCUUCCUACAUUGGACCCCACUCGAUGAUACCAACCAUAAUGCAACCUCCUGGGGCGACAUUCAUGGCCGGUAAUCCCUUGUCGUCCAUGAUGGCGCUGUACAACACGGCGCCGAGGAUCACGGCUAGGGGCGAGGGUGACACAUUGUGGCAUGGUGGAGGGUCGACAUUGGGAAAGCAACAACAGUUGUUUGAAGAGCAUCAACUUGCGGCUAUUGCAGCAGCGAGGGAGCAACAGGACAUGGGUAGGGUUCGUGAGCAGCAAGAAAUUAGGAGGCAUCAUGAUCAACAGCAACAACAUCAACAUGAAAUUAAGUAUGGUGCAAAUGGUUCUGACGGUGUUGGGAAAUUUGUUUCUGCAAUAGACUACAACACCGCUAAUAAUGUGAUUCCUCCAUCGCUGGCUUCGCCAUCACUAGCAUUGGGGAGUUUCGCUACUCCAUACCACAUUCAAGCUCAUCGUCUCUCAUCGCAGUCGGAACAAGCAUCAUGCAUCAAGAAACAUCAAGAGCAAGCUCAAGAGCAAAGAUCCGGUGGCGUGGAGCGCCGGUGUAAUGAUUUUAGCCUUUCCUGUUGAACGUUUUUACUUCAUUUCACUAAAUUCUAUCUUUGAUGCCUGAGAUUUUCGGGGGCGAUUUUUAAUAUUUAGGUGUGUGCCCUCUCUUUCUCUCAUUCAGAUAUUCGGUGAGUUAUUACAUUGGAAUUGGAAAUAUAUGUUGUUUUAAUAAUGUUAGA